ACCGAUCAGACUACACAAAGAUUACAGGACAGUCUAUCAGCCAGCAUCAAGACCAUGUACCCAGAUAUUCUCACCGCCUGCUACUUCGUGCCUUCACUCUACAUCAACAGAAACACGUAUACAAAGGCUGAGGUGGCGGGUGAGAAGGUCGUUGUCAUGGAGCCCGCACCAGACGACACACUGAGGCACGACCACGCCAUCCAGCACGUCCUCAAAUGUCUGCGCCACCUGGCGGACACAGACCAGCAGGCCAUGUUUGUCCUCUCACAGUUCACCUGUGACGACUACCUGGCUAGUGUUGACGAGCAGUUUGCCCACCACAAGCUGCCGAUGCCCUCUGACCUCACACGUCGUGACAAGGACUAUGAGAACUUUGAUGUACUCAUCGUCCACCGACAGUACGGUGUAGUGGUUGUGGUGGUGAAGGCGUCUGUCUGUACAGCAGACAUGGGGGUAGAGAUAAGAGACAAUGAGAGGGUUGUACAGGAUUUGCGUGAAGCUGUCAAACAGUUGGAUGGAGCGGAGCGAAUGUUGAAGCAUCUCAUGGCGGAUGUGAGGUCUGGUAUUGCAAUACGUAAAACAUUGAUGUUACCAAACCUUUCGCUGAAAUCAUUUACAGAAAUAUUGGAAAAACAUCAGGACGUAGCGAAGUCUUUACGACACUGCACUGGACUAACACAGUUGUUUGACAUCUCUGGAGAGUGUUUAUGUGCUGAUCAGCUCCACAGUGACAACAUGGUCGUCCAGCUACAGGUGUGGCUUCACCAUCACACUACGGGCUCGUCGGCUGAUCCUAGCCUCAGUGAAAAUAACUACCAGACGAUUUUGUCCAGAUUGUGUGGUGCCGCCACCAGACCGUACCUGACGCUGCCUGACGGUCGUCGUGUGUGUACACCAAGCUCACUGCAACAGGCCGUCAGUCUGACAGGCGAACUCUUCAACGGCGCCUUCAUCCACCCUGAACAUCAGCAGCUUGUGACUGCAGCGCCACCUCGUGUCUUUCUGUCCGGACCGCCAGGGUCAGGCAAAACCACUUCACUGGUGCUGAUGGGGAAACAGUGGCUGUCAGAGGGCCACAAGGUCUGUGUGCUCAGCACGUGGAGGGAGAACCGAGCUUCAUCAAAAUUGUUACAUGGUAUACUGCUAGAAUUUUUACAAACAAAGCGCAAGUCAAGAGCACCAUUAGACCUGCACGUUCACCCGCAAGAGGUCAACUUCGUCAAUGUGCGCAGGAGUGGCAGGUCAGACCCAUCAAACGACAUUCAACUGAUAUUCAAAAAAGUGGACCUAGAGAAAAAAGAGACGAAAAAAGUCAUCAAAAAAAUAAAUAAAUUCUUAACUUCAGGAGGCUUGUUCAUACUUGUUGAUGAUGCAGGCCCUUAUAGCAGAGAAGAUCAACUAUUCAUUAAGUCCUUUUGCGAGCAGCUACUUGCUGUCAAUCAGGAUUUGCAUCUCUGGGCGGCCAGCUGCUUUACUCACCAGAUUCCGAACGGUUGGGAUGUGAAACAUUUUCAAAGGACUGUUUCCUGUCCACCAGCAAUACUUCGGGAAAACAAUGUGUUGAUGUUAGCGCAGAAGAACGGAUGCAAAGAUGUCAUUAUGUGGGAUCCCUACAACAUAGGUGUGGCCCCUACAGAGGGCCUGCCAGUCAAGUAUGUCUAUCACCAUGGACAAAAUGUACAGGUCACAGCCAUGGUUAUCCAUUUACAUGUGAAAAGUGCUGUCAGGAAGUCAUCCUCUUACUAAAAGCUUUCGGUUUGGAAACUAAUGUGAAAGGCACAAAUGACAACUGUCAAACCACCUCUACGUCCACAGUCAAGUCUACAAACUGUGACAGCGCGGACAACAACACCUUCACACCGCGGCUACACCCGGCUGACGUCCUGAUGUUAUUUGAGCACGAACAGUGUGAGGACGUGGACUUUUUCAAGAAUAUGAAAUUUUUAAAAACUCUUAAAAAACUUGGCUACAGCACAAAAGUAGGAAACAAUGCGAAAAAUGAGAUUUCAUCUAAAAGUUGUCAUUCUUUGCAAAUUUCAAAUGCAACACAUCGUCAAGUCCUUAAAAGAAGCGUUACGGUUUAUGUGGAGGGGCGAGGACAGUCAAAUGUACCACUGGAGUGGAUCAGACUACGAGGUGUCACAAGCUGUACAUCUCAACUGAUCUGGGUUAAGGACUUAGCAAUGACUCAUCCAGAAGCAUAGUCCUAUAUUAAAGAAAUGAUAAAAGGAU